CUAUAGUCCACGCUCCAAAGUCUAGUCCUCGUCUUCCUCCCGUAAACCACCUCGUCCCUAUCCGCAGCAACCGUUCGCCGCGCCGCGAGGCCCGCUGAUCCCACCGACCUCCACCGCUAUGGCUCCUCUGUCCCGCGCGGCUCGCCUCCUUCGAUGCGCCGUCGGGCGGCUGAGGUUGCCGCCGCCGGCCCGGGCCUUCUCCAGCGCCGCGGCGGCGACCGAGACGGGGGCGGGGAACGGACGCGAGGCCGUGAUCGCCGCUGCUGCCGUGGCGAUGGCCGGGUCCGGGCUUGGGCUGUGGCUGAAACCGCCGUCGCUUGCCGACUCCGGCGAGGCGCCCGGCGGUCAGAUCUCGGUCACCUGCGCUGCUUCCACGGAGGCGCAGGAGGAGAAGGGGAGGUUCCUGUUCGCAGACUCAUUCCGCAGAAGAGUAUUCUUUAACUAUGAGAAGAGGAUACGGCUUCUCAGCCCUCCUGAGAAGAUAUUUGAGUACUUUGCUUCUGUGAGGAACCCAGAAGGGGAAGUUUACAUGUUGCCUGGGGACUUGAUGAGAGCAGUAGUCCCUGUUUUUCCUCCAUCAGAGUCCACCAUAGUUCGUGAAGGAAGAUUAAGAGGGGAGCGGAGCCCUGGAGAGUUGCAUUGUGCUCCAUCGGAGUUCUUUAUGCUGUUAGACACUAAUAGUGACGGUCUCAUCUCCUUUGCCGAGUACAUCUUUUUUGUGACAUUGCUCAGCAUUCCUGAGUCACAUUUCACUGCGGCCUUCAAAAUGUUUGACGUUGACCACAGUGGGGUGAUAGACAGAGAAGAGUUUAAGAAAGUAAUGUCACUGAUGCGGUCCUUUAACAGACAAGGGUCCACUCAUAAGGAUGGUUUACGUAUUGGACUUAAAGUUGGCCAGCCUGUGGAGAAUGGUGGGGUGGUUGAGUACUUCUUUGGGAGUGAUGGGAACGAGCCUCUACACUGUGUCAGGUUCUCAAAUUUUUUGAAGGAGUUGCAUGACGAGAUUAUUCGAUUGGAGUUUAGUCAUUAUGAUGUCAAGUCGUCUAAAACUAUACCAGCAAAGGAUUUUGCAUUGUCCAUGGUUGCUUCUGCUGACAUGAACCAUAUCAACAAGCUGCUUGAUAGAGCUGAUGGUUUGGUCAAGGAGCCAGAUCUGAAGGACAUACGCAUCACCUUUGAGGAGUUUAAGGCAUUUGCUGACUUGCGACAAAGAUUGGAGCCACUGUCGAUGGCUAUCUUUGCUCAUGGGAAAGUGAAUGGAUUAUUGACAAAGGAGGAUCUAAAACGUGCAACACAACAUGUUUGUGGUGUCAACUUAACUGAUAGAGUGGUAGACAUCAUUUUCCAUGUGUUCGACACAAAUCAGGAUGGGAACCUGAGCUCGGAAGAGUUCUUAAGAGCAUUAGAAAGAAGAGAAACUGCUAUUCGUCAACCAACAAUACCAGGUCCAUGGGGUUUUUUGUCUUGCUGGUUCAGUGGUAGGAAGUGUUCACUUAAACAGGUGGUGCUCUGAUUUGGCCCCUACUUGAUCCUCACUGAAUCUGUCAUCCACCUUCAAUUGUCAUCUCCCGGUACGUAUGUCAUCUCCUGGUAAGUAUGAGAUAAGUUUGUUGUAAUGAUAUCCUGUCUUGACACCGUUAUCCUGUCUUUGACACCGUUUUCCAUCGAUGUUCAGUUGCAGGAGGUAAUCACGAAGCAGUGCCUAGCUGAUCGGUAAAACGACUUUGUUGUACAUGUCGUCUCCGAGUCCGAAGCUUGCCUAGCAGUAGCAGCUGUAAUUGUAAGUAGUGUCAGCCCUAGGACUGAACCUUGUGUUAUUCUCAUAUGUAAAUCAAACCCCAUACGAUUUAAAUAUAUGAUAUCUGUUGGCGUUGA